CCUUCUCCUUCCUCGCUCGAUCCCCAAAUCAAAUCGCUGCCUGCUGCUUCCUCCACCCAACCCUAACCCUAGCCGCGCCGCCACCAUCCAUCCAUCCAUCCCCAAAUCUCUUCUCCUCCCUCCACCAAACCCUAAUCCCUAGCUAGCUAGCCAGCCGCCAUGGCCCCUUCGAUGGUUCUGCUCAAGCGCGAGGUUGGUAUCUCCGACGACGAGGCGGUAUCCAGCAGAGCCAGAGUGUCAAUCCCCUAUCGGUGGGGAGUAACAGGGCUACCAAGCUACAAUUUGACGAGUGAUGCAGUCAUCGAGUACCUGCAGAACUUCAAGGCCCGCGCAGUCGUCGAGUAUCCGCCGAAACUCUCCUCCCUCCGCAUACUGCCGCCGAAUUCCGCCCCGGUCCCGACGAUAUUCCUAGGCCUGGACUCGGGCCGCAUCUCCAGCGCGGACAAGAACCUUGUCGCCCUCUACGCCGGAGGGUACCGCCCUGGAGGCGAUUUGAUGGCGCAGAUGGGAGGCUAUCUGAUCUAUGACGCAAGGAAGGACUCCCUCUCCCUGAUCCCCCCUAUCCCCUCCGACGAUGUUAUGGCCAUGGGGGACCAGUCGGCCGUCGUCAUGUGCGACGCCACCGCGGAGGGCUACGUUCUUGCCGAGCUCGUCUGGAUGCCAGGCUUCUCCCGAGCCGCGCUCUGGCUGUGGGAGUCGUCCACCAAAGAAUGGGUCUUGAAGCCCGGCUGCAUGGUCCCUCCACCCAACUUCUCCGUUCACUCGUGCUUCUCUUAUCGGGGCUCUACUUUUUGCUGGGUGGAUCUGCACCAAGGCAUGGUGCUCUGUGAUCUGCACCAAGACUGCAAGUUCAGCUUCAUUGAGCUGCCCCUAGGAUUUCCAACUUAUAAUGCCUCCGAUUAUCCAGACGGCCUCUGCGCUGAGGAGUUCCGUUCCGUGGCCUGUGUUCGGGGCUCCAUCAAGUUCCUCGCCUUCAACAAGUUUGUUCAACGUCAGCCCAGCGAAAAAUUUGGACUGACCGUCUGGACUCUGCACCCUGACCACUCAGGGUGGGGCAGAAGCUACAACUGCAGCAUUGCAGACAUCUGGGCAAACGCCAACUACCAGUCUGCUGGUUUGGGACAGCUUGGUCCGUCGUUCCCUGUCCUGAGCAUCCAUGAAGACGGCGUCGUCUACCUACUCUUAGAUGAUUUCAGUGUGGUGAACCGUCAACCAGUGUUCAAAGCCCAGUAUUUGCUUCGUGUUGACUUGGAGAAUAUUGAUGUCCAGGUCUGUAAACAGAGGCAAAGGCAUAUCUAUUCCCAGCUCUUUGCCAGUGAGUUCAGUGUGCACCGAAAAUAGGAUCACCCGGUACUACUACCACCACCAUGCAUAGUUUCAUUUGCAUUCUACUGUCAUUUUAUUUAUAUAUGUUCGCUACCACUCAACAUGUUUUGAUUUGCAGGCAUGCUAGUGUAGUUUUGUUUAGUUUUAAAUGAUUUAAAUUCCAGUGCUUGUUUAUCGCAUCCAGUUUGCUUCAUACUUGCUAAUAGAAACAAAGAUAUUUGGUCAUCUCCCCAUGUUCAGCAGUAGAAGUCUGAUAUUGAUGCUCAUUGGCAAUCAUGAUUUUGGAAUCAAUUUUUACUACCAAAUUACUCUGCCCCCUUGUCAUAUCAGUACCCAACUUCGUGCACAUCAUGGUGACACUCUUUUGCAUGUUUGAAGGCUAUUUUUUUUCUUUUCUUUUCUUGCUUAUAGAGAUAGUUGUGUCAUUAGCUUUGCCCCCUAAACUUGGCAUUCAGUAAUAUAGCAUGGUAUGUCUAGUUCGCUUCUGAACUCGGAAUUGGUAUGAGUUGCUGCUGGGUUUCUUGUACACCCUAGGUUGUUUGUGUUGGUUUAAAAGGAAAAACAGCUCGAGGCCAUUGCUUUGCCGCUUGUUGUGCUCAGGAGCCGGCGCUGGCGGAUGUUUGCUCGUUGGCCUGCUACCGGCCUACUUUUCUGGGCGCUGCAGGAACCGACAAUGGUGAGCAGAGCAGAGCCUCUUCGGUUGAGGGCGGGCGCUCGUUUUUUGUUUCUUUUUUUUCUUCGAUUUGAUUUGAAUUGCGUAGAGGCUUGGCCAGGGCCCCACCAGCUGUAGCCUGACGUGGAUCGUUACGUGUCGUGUCGUGCUGGCUAACGAGUGAGGACCCCCCACCAGCUGUAGCCUGACGUGGAUCGUUACGUGUCGUGUCGUGCUGGCUAACGAGUGAGGACCCAGUGUGGAUUAUAUAUAGCUUGAACGUUGGACGUUGGCCCGAUCGGUCACCCGGACCCGGUGCCAAUCAAAAAGUACUCUGAUCGCUUUCCUCUUUGACGAGGAGCGAGUGAGAAUCAGAUUGAUAACAAAGACAAUGGCUAUGAGGGCAACGCUGGUCACCAGCGGUAAAAUUGAUAAAAAUGACCACUAGAGCGAAAGAACUCACGAAGUCAACCCGAAAGCAAAAAAAAAAAUCACCCGUCUGACCCUUUCGUGUGGCGCCCGACACCUAGGCGUCACACUACACUGUGUGACACCUAAGUCGUUGGCGCCACACUCCCGGCCACCUGGCAGAGUGGGCCCACCCCUCAGGUAGUGCGACGCCUAAGUAUCAGGCGUCACACCUUGUAAAGUAUGGCGCCGAAGGCUUAGGCACCACACUGUGACUUAUCCAGCUACGGUCCAGCCCCCUCCCCCACCCCCUCCUCAUUCCCCUCCCAUUCAUUUUUCAAACCGGCGGCCGACUCUUCUCCUCAACCGAAUCCCCUCUUCUAAAUGCUUCAGAUCUGGUGAUUUCUUUCGUGGAUUGAUCCUCCAAACUUGUCUACGAGGAUGGUGUGGCUUUUGAAUGAUGCGUAUGACGUUGAACAUCGGACCUAUUUGAUGUCGGAGAAGGAAAUGGAGCUUAUGCCCUUGAAGAUUCGGUCUCACGGAGCAUCGAUAUAAUGUAGUACGAUGAGCGGUACACAUCAUACAUCGAGAUGACAUGACUCCUUUCAUUCAUUCAGCUUGUGAGUCGAUCAACGUCCAAUCUGAAUGCUGCGGCAAUCACUGUACUUAUUGAUCGGUGGAGGCCGGAGACACAUAGUUUUCACCUUCGGAUCGGAGAGAUGACAGUGACUCUUCAAGAUGUUUCCAUGAUCAUUGCACUUCCAAUUGAGGUGAAGCCUCUUUGUAUGAGCACAGAUUUUGAGGGAUGGCGACACGAAAUGGAGGUCCUUAUUGGUAUGUCACCUCCAGAGCUGGAGGUAGAAGAUGGAGGGAAGAAAGAUAGUCCCGGCUGGUGCUCCUUUCAUUUAGAUUGCCGCCAACUUUGCUUUGUCCUCAGGACGCAAAUGACGAGGUGAUUCAGACGUAUGCUCGCGUGUACAUGUGAUAUGUGAUCUGUAGAACUAUAUUCGCUGACGGCAUUGGCAAGAAUGCUUCAUGGAUGUGGCUGAAGGCAUUGACUGUUUUUGACAACAAGUUUAGUUGGAGCUCGGUCGCAUUGGCCUACUUGUACCGUUGGACGAUGCUUGUCGCAGGUCCACAAAGGACGAUGGAGUUGGUGGUUGUAUGUUCCUACUUCCGGUAUGGAGCUGGGCACGUCUUCCUGUUGACCAUAUCUUCGGCCAUCUUUGUCAUAAGCUCGUGCCCACUUGGGCCGAAGUUGAAUGUGACUGUUGAGAAACUCAAGCCCACAUGCAUCAAGUUUUUUAUUUGCAAGCAAAGCGUUGUACAAUCUUGUAAAUCGUUUGUUCGAAAAUGCUUGACAACAAUCUUGAAGAUCA